AUGGUUCUGCCCGAAGAGAUACUGCGAACGGAAGUACUGGAGGCUACCGAGUUGGAUGCGAGAUGCGAAAGCCUUGACGAUGUUGGUUCUGGACCAGAGAAGGAGGAUAGCUUGCUUAAGCUUGUGUGCAGUCAGAAGUGUCGCACUGAGAGCGUCUGUGAGAUGUGGAUCACGCUUUAUAGGACAAGUUGCAAUGUGGCCUUUAUUAGAUUCGUGCAGUUCGUUCUGGAGGCCAGCGGCAGUCGCUAUCGCAUUCCGGAGACAACCGAGCCACCUUUCGACUUUGCGGGCUUGCUGGUUGAGGCCACCGUUCAUUUUGCCAAUAGAAGCGUAGCAUAUCCGUUGAUACUAAAGUCGUCCAGAAUGUUUGUCCAGAGUGUGGGCGACUUUGUGCUGCAGCUGUUUCGCCUGGUGGGAAGUACGUCAAUUCUUCUAGAUGGGUACUUUCUGGAGCAUAUCUCUGGCUUCCUCAUGAUAUGCGCCGACUCGAAGGUGCGACCCUUCAGGCACACUAGCACGAUGAUAGCGCUUAAAAUGAUGACGGCGUUGAGCGACUUGAGGUGCGUGCCUGCCGAGCUCUGGUUGCAGCUGUUUGAUGAGAUAUUCCUUGCGCGCAGCAGCGACGUAGUCGAGGACAUUCGCUAUUUGUGCGUGGUGGAGUGUCGCCAAUGGCUGGACAAGUGCCCGGAGAGCUUUUUGCAGGCGGAGCAUGUAAAGCACAUGUUCCAUGCUUUGCAAGACAACUGCAGCAAGGUGUGUGAGUGCAGCUUGGAGGCGCUCACUCAGAUCAUCCAGCACCCAGAGCUGCGCGAGACUUGUCUACAGAAGUGCCUCGAGUAUCGCUUGACGCUGCUUGGCCUAGCCAUGAGUAGGGAGAGCGAGGUCGCUGUACUGGCCAUCCAGGUGCUGAAUCAAUGCUACACGAAUAUGCCUGAGAUACUCGACGAUUCCAUGGAGCAGGUGUUGCAGCAGCUGGUCUUUGGCGCCCAUCGGGGCGUGGCGCAGGCGGCGGCCAAGCUGAUACAGCUGCACAGAGGAGCGGACGCGACGGAAGAGGAGCGCUUGCGCAGUCUGGUGGAGUUCUUCAUGCAGUUUGGGGAGCAUGAGCAUGCGGCCUACAUGGUCGAUGCCUUCUAUGGACAAAGCGACAUUGUGCUUGCAUGGCCUGCCAUGGUAGACAUGCUGCUGAAGCCAAACUACCUGAGCUGCCAGGAGACUUCAGUGAUGGUUGAGAUAUUGGUACGGGCCGUGAAGCAGGCGGUAACUGGCGAAAUACCCCCUGGACGCUACACCCAGGAUUUAAGGCGACAGCCGUUGCCAAACGGCGGAAAACUGGCCACUGCGUCGUUGCUCUCCAGGCUGACCACAUUGCUGAGUCAAAGCCGCGGGCGUGGCCAUGAUCUGAUAAACAUCUUGGAAUUGCCGCAGUACAUGGACUUGGAGGACUCAUCGGAACUGCAUCUGCUAGAGCUUUUAGAGAAGAUUAAAGAAAUCAUGUUCGAGCAGGACAACCUGGUUGUGCUGCAGAUGAGCGCAAUGACUUUGGAUCACCUAUAUUCGCACAGCUCGACCCAUGCUCACCACUGCCAAAAGUUGCUCAACGAUGCAGUGACCAACUAUAGGAUUGCAUUUAAAACCUGGCAACAAGCAAGCGACAAAGCAGCGACCAUUGGACACGGCGGAGACGGCAUCAGACGACUUAUUGUCACACUGCGUCUUCUCCACUCGCUCUAUGCGCGGUUUGACCUCAGCCAGUGGCAGCUAAUCAGCCCCAUUUUGUCCAUGCUCCAACAGACAAUUGGGGCUGCGACAGAGCAGCGCAUUCCAGCGGUGGCCUUGGGACUCUACCUGGGUAUUCUCUAUGUUGGCAUCUCCUGGGCUCUGAAGCGCCAAAAAGAUGUAGAUGAGGAUACAGUCGCUGGCCAGACUCUGCUGGCGGCGGAUUGCGAGGCGAUACAAGGAUCGUUGCAGGGGUUCCUUGGGGUGAAUUUUCUGUUGAUAGAGCACUCGCCUGCUAUCAAAGUCUCCUGCGAUGCCUUUGUCUACUGUUGCGAUCUCCUUGUACUGUUUUCGGAUUCGCUGCGCCAGAGUUCCAGUGCUGCGAUUAGAGCGCUGGAGUACAGAUCUGAGGUAAGAGAGUAUAGACUGCUAGAGGGCUUUCUGCUGCGCUAUGUGUUUGCGGGUGCGGAUGAGAAUGAAGGAGAUGCCCAACAGCUGCUCGAAUCGGACAUGUUCUCGGUUCUGCAGAGCAAGCGACGAGUCCUGGCAAGCUACUGCAAGCUGGUGUUUCACAAUGUGAUGCCAGCAAUGCAUGCUUGCAUCAUGUUCCAGUAUUACGAGAAAUACAAUCCGGUCUUUGGGGAUAUUAUGCGCUCGACUUUGGAGCACUGCCUUUCCAUCAAUGCGACAAACUUCGGCAUGACUCUAAUGCAUACCUGCAUGUUAGUUUAUAAGCGCAUUAGGGCAGCGCAUAAGGAUGCGAUUGAGGCAUCUGCUUCGCCUGAGUUUGCAAAUCUGCUAAAGCUGGCCGAGCUGCUAGGCGAGGUCUUUAACAUCAAGCUGCUGGACAGUCGCCCGGGUGUGCUGGUCCUGCAUCGAGCUGGCAUUAGCUUCGCCGCAGAGCUAAAGCCCCAGGAUCCAGCUAACGCUCCGGAAAAUCUUUUGUUCUUGAGUGUGAUUCAACAGUUUGUUCCCCAGCUACUGGCCCAGGAUAUGUUCGAGGUGCUCCAGUUCAUGCAGGGAAUCAACGAGGCAGCCCUGUUAUCCAAUCGCUCUGCUGCCUGGGAACCAUAUUUGUCUUACCGGAACUGUCUAGAAAUAAGUUUGAUGCAGAGCUGCCGACGCGCUGAGUUCCAGGAUCUAUCUAACAAUGUAGAAUAGUAAGUGUUUACCAACAGUACAGAAUUUCCGAUGCGGAAU